AUGUCUGCUAUGGAUGUUGACGACGCGCCGGUAUCUAUUGCCUCCAGAUUCCAGGCACAAGAACCAAAAACUGGUGCUACUAUUCUCUGCUGCAACUGUGGCGCUCCUAUCGAUGGAACGACUUCCGCCGGCGCUCUCUGCUAUGAUUGCGUAAAGCUUACCGUCGAUGUAUCGCAAGGUAUUCAAAGAGAAGCCACUGUACACUUCUGUCGAGAUUGCGAAAGAUGGUUGCUCCCACCUCAAACCUGGAUCCAAGCCUCCCUCGAAUCUCGAGAACUCCUUGCCCUUUGCUUAAAGAAACUUCGGGGUUUACACAAAGUUCGAAUCAUCGAUGCGAGUUUUAUCUGGACGGAACCUCAUUCUCGAAGAAUCAAGGUCAAGCUUACUAUACAAGAUUCGGUAUCGGAAGGCGUCGUCUUGCAACAAUCAUUCGAGGUCGAAUAUGUGGUUGCCUAUCAGCAAUGUCCCGAUUGUGCGAAAUCUUAUACCGCGAAUACAUGGAGAGCUUGUGUGCAAGUUAGACAAAAGGUUCCUCACAAGAGAACCUUUUUGUACCUCGAACAAUUGAUCUUGAAGCAUGGUGCACACAAGGAUACUAUUAACAUCAAGGAAGUCAAGGAUGGUUUAGAUUUUUUCUUCGCAGCACGAAAUUCGGCGGAAAAGUUUGUCGACUUCUUGAACUCGGUUGCCCCUAUUACAGCAAAGAAGUCUCAAGAACUUAUCUCCAUGGACAUUCACACAUCUACCAAAUCCUACAAGUUCUCCUUUUCUGUCGAGUUGGUACCAAUUUGUAAGGAUGAUUUGGUUGCGCUUCCAAUUAAGUUAGCAAAGUCAGCUGGAAACAUUUCCCCUCUUGGUCUUUGCUACCGAAUUGGUAAUUCUAUCAACAUCCUUGACCCACAAUCCCUUCAGACCGCGGAAAUCAGUUGCCCUAUAUACUGGCGUGCACCAUUCAAACCUUUGGCUGAUGUUCAGGAAUUGGUGGAAUUCAUCAUUAUGGACAUUGAGCCCUUGGGUCCUACAAAGGGACGAUGGGCUCUUGCUGAGGCCACCGUUGCUCGUGCAUCUGACCUCGGAUCAAAUGACAAAACCUUCUACACAAGAACACAUCUCGGAAAUGUUGUCCAUCCUGGAGACUCUGUCAUGGGAUAUAUGAUGACUGGUACUAAUUUCAACAACCCCCAAUACGACGCCCUCGAAGAAUCAAAUAACUACGCAUCGAAAAUUCCUGAUGUAAUGCUUGUCAAGAAAUUGUACGCAAGAAAGAAGAAGUCUAAGAACAGGAAUUGGCGUCUCAAGCGUAUGGGUAAAGAAGAAGGAGAAGUCUUACCCAGGAAGCAAGAUCAAGAAAAGAUGGAUAGAGAUUAUGAGAUGUUCUUACAGGAUGUUGAGGAGGAUCCUGAGCUCAGACAGACACUUGCUUUGUACAAGGCUCAACAAGCUCAGAAGGAAGCGGAUGCUAUGAGUGUGGCUGAGACGAGUGAUGGCGAAGAUGAGACACCAAAGAUUGAUAUGAAUGAGUUGCUAGACGAGUUUGAUGAACUCAACAUGAACGACCAACAAUGA